AAUAGAUAUCGACACUGGUCCCUAGUUUGUGAGCGAGUUGAAAACACGAAUGGGAAAGCAUUAUCGAUCAGCUGACUGGAUUUUAAUACGGUUGUGGGUUGGCAGAACAAAUAUGGACGCGGCUUUCAAAACAAUCGAGUGUAGUCGAAGAGAAGUAUUUGUUUAUGCAAUUUGUCAGACGUGUUGUAAGAAGUAAACUGUGUGUGUAAUACAGCAACGCCAAGCUGAUUACAUUCACAUAUAAAAAUGUUGAAUAUCCUGAAAGCAGAGAUAGAGAAAAAGCGUAAAUUACUGGAGGAGAAAGAGCUCCUGAAACCAAACAAGAAGUACUUCAAGCGAGCAGAGCUGGUUGCCAAGGAGGCGGAGGAGUACCGCCGCAAGUGCGGCGUGGGCGGCAGCGAGGAGGCGGAGCGGCAGUCGGAGAGCGAGCAGCCGGGUGCAGACUCCCGAGACGGCGACCUCACCGACGACGGCGUGCCGACGCUGCCACGCAAGGAGGUGGUGCGGAGACUGCGCGAGCGCGGCGAGCCCGUCCUUCUCUUCGGGGAGACGGAGCUCGAGUCGUUCCGCAGGCUGCGGCGCAGCGAGAUCCUCGAGCCGGAAGUCAACCGCGGGCUGCGUAACGACUUCCAGGAGGCACUCGAAAAGGUGGACCAAGCAUUUCUCGACGAGAUCCUCGCGUCGUCCCGCGGCACGGACGAGCACGGCGGCAGGGAGGGCGGGACCUCGUCGAACGACGUGAAAGUGCAGGACGACGGCGUGAGCUACGAGGAGAUCCAGCGCAUGGCCGUGGAUCUCGGCAAGGGCGACCGCGAGCUCGACAUGCAGGUCAUCACGCACUUCAUCCAGUUCCUGCUGAAGAUGUGGGGCCACCAGUUGAACAGCCGGUCGCAGGCCGAGAAGAUGACUGUGCGGGGAAAGCUGGCCUGUGCCACGUACACCCAGACUCAGGUGUACCUGAAGCCCCUACUGCGUAAGCUGAAGACGCGCAGUGUGCCCGAGGACAUAGCGGAGAGUCUGACGGAGAUUACGAGGUACAUGCUCGACCGGGACUACAUCCGCGCCAGCGACUCCUACUUGCAGAUGGCCAUUGGAAAUGCACCUUGGCCCAUUGGUGUCACUAUGGUGGGCAUCCACGCACGUACCGGGCGAGAGAAGAUCUUCUCGAAGAAUGUGGCGCACGUGAUGAACGACGAGACCCAGCGGAAGUACCUGCAGGGGCUGAAGAGGCUGAUGACCAAGUGCCAGCAGUAUUUCCCCACCGACCCGUCCCGCUGCGUCGAGUACUCCAGGCUGGAGAACUCUGCGCCGUAGCGAUACCAGUACGGGCUGUACGAUUACCGAUUCCACCUUCACCCGAGUUGCUGCACAUUUCCGAUACGACAGCAGACUCUCGCCCGCAAUAGAGGAAGAACAGUAUGCCAGACAGGCAGGUAUAAAAGAAGUGAUGGCUGAACCAUCAGUAAUUUGUAUACUACCUUGUGGAAUUAUAACAUUUGAGUCAAAAUGUAUGUAAUCUAAAAAUAUGACAGUGCGUACUUCCGAGGAUAGUUAAAAAAAAUGGCCAAUAACUUUCUUAACAUUUAUGAAUUUGUUAUGUGACAGUUGGUCCUGUAACAGUUUUAGAACCGGAGCAUGCUCUGGGGCAAAUACUGCAAAAAACUGUCAUGUUUAUUUGCAUGUUCUACAGUUUAAAUGAUGAACAGACUAGCCGUAAUUCAAAUAAAAUGUUUUCAAAUCAAGAUAUGUCGUAAUAUUUUGUUACUUAUGUCUAUAUGAUAAAGAGGAUUUGUAACAAAAAGGUAGAGUAACAAUAAGAGUCUUUAUUACAUUAAAAAAUAAAAAUUUGUCAAAAAUGACAAAUGGCAAACAAUUUCUUUGUUUUAUAGCCAUAUAUUAUAACAUAUGAGGUAUAUGGGCUCCCCAAUGUACAUAAAACUAUGUAAAUAAAUUACUGUAAUACAUUUGUUUAGAAUUUCAGUUGAUCAUUACCUGUAGGUAUAAUGGAUGCACUACAUUAAUAAGGGACUCUUUCAUGAGUCGCCUGGAGUACUAUAAGAACUUGAGCAACCAUUUUAAUGUGGGGCUUUCCUGCAACUAGAACCCUAAAAUUUAAAGUGCAGUCUUACUGAAAUGUGUCAACAAUUCACAAGCCUGUAAUACUGCAGCAAGCCUUGUUAAAAAAAAUGUACUGAAAAUAUUAUUGGUGCAGAAUACUUCAACUAAGGUGAUUACUUAUGUAGAUAUAUCACUAAAAAGAUAAACACACUGCACAGCUAAGUGCGCAGUACUUACAUAGUACAAGAAUAGAGUUAAAAAUACAACUGCACUUAGUGAGCGAGUGUCGAUUCUGAGCUAAAUGAGGUCAAUUAAACCAGCUUACGGACUACAAUAUUACCUAGUAAUUAAUUAAAAAAUUUUAAGAUUUCACUUACAGGCAACAGAUCUUUGUCAUUGUCCGAAGCAGGUACUUUCCUUUGUACAAGCUAUUACUAAUUUUAUUAGCCUCAUAGCUGUGUGAUUAUUGCACAUAGCACUGAAUCAUUACAAAGUUGCGCAAAUAUUACUCUCAUUUUAGUGAUUACAUACUGUCAACAAAAAUGUAUAAAACAAUAAAGCUUUAUUAUAUAAGGUAUUUGCUACUGUUAUAUCACUGGAGUAUGCAGAUAUGAACUGUAAUACCUGCAGAUUUCUUCAGCUCCACGGCUGAGAUCAAUGCUGGUCAUUUACAUUGACAUUUGUACUAAAGAGUUAUACUCAGGCGUUGAAAAAUCACAGCUUUGUAUAAAGGAUGAGAUCCAGUUUUCGUGACGAUAGUGAAGAUAUUAAAAACAGUUCAUAUCAGAAAACAGGCUCCACUAAAAACUAAUUAUACUUAAAACUGAGGUCACUGUUUUCUUUACAUGCUUACCAGUCAGAUAAUAAAGCAUAUAUGCUACAACAAUAAAAAUAUAUUCCUUUGGAAUAGCUUCUAAUAUAUCUAUAACCCACAAAACAGGAUUUGCAUACUGAAAUUGCUUAUAUUGCAACUACAUUAUACAAAUAAAAUUAUUGUGUAUUUCAAUAAUCAAAUGAGUCUCUCUAAUUAUGCUGUGUGAGCCAUAAAUGUCAAUAGUGCAAGACUGUCAUCUGGACAAAUCACCCUGUAUGACUUAUCAACUGAAAUAAAUGCUCUCUACUAGUAGAAGUAUUUGAACUUAUCCACGUGAUAAAUAUAUAUCUAUAAACAUACCUUCAAAAACGAUUUUUAUUGCAUCUAGUCUUUUAUCCCCACAGUUACAACAAUCAAGUCUUUCAAUUCCAAAGUAAUACAAUAGCAUACUUCUAAAUCCUUUAUUGUGCAGUCCCAAAGUUUUUAUAACAUGUUUUCUGUCAUACAGCCAAACACAUGAAAUUUGUGUUAGACACUGCUAAUUACUGUGCCACGAUUCUCCCCUAGUUCUAAAGCUCCAUCUAACUACACAGUGUGAUAUUUCUUUGAAAUAAGUGACCACAACUGGAACAGGCAAUAUUCUGAAAAAUGGAAUAUCAGUAAACUUAAUUUUGGUACACUUCACUUUUUGGAAUAAUUUGAAAAAUUAUUUGACAGAUAUGAUUCUUCCUCGUCUUUACCAUCUGCAGCUCUUGGCAUCGCACUGUUUGAGAACCCAAUCUGAGAAAAAAUAUGGCUUCUAGUUCUCCACUUUGAAAACUUAGAAAAGUUAUGAAAUUGCUCUACUACAAUCUGCGCCUUUAAUCUCCGCUAUAUGGUGAGUAGCAACUAUUUGUUUCAUAAUACUAUUACAUUCCAUCCUAGAUUUUCCGUUUUUUGAUUUACAAUAAUUUGUAGUUUCAAGUGACAGUUUCUUUUACUAAAGUAGCAGGUGUGUUGUGGUGAAAGGGAGGGAAGGGGUUAGAGGGGGUGGGGGGG